AUGUGGUUGGCCAUCUUAGCACUGACGGCUUAUUUGUCUGAUGUGUGGGGUCACGGAAGGGUACUGCAGCCGGUAUCGCGUGCAUCAGCCUGGCGCGUGGGACAUCAGACAGCACCUGAUUACGACGACGACGGUGUUAACUGCGGAGGUCUUUACUAUCAGUGGUCUAUCAAUGAGGGCAAAUGCGGCAUAUGCGGUGAUGCUUUUGAUCUACCGGAGCCGCGUCCUCACGAGCUCGGCGGAGUGUUUGGCUCUGGAGAGAUAGUAGGCUAUUACCUGCCCGGUGAAGAGAUCACUGUCACCGUCGAGCUCACCACCUCACACCUCGGCUUUUGGCAGUUCAAGCUAUGCCCUGAUCCAAGGGACAACGACCAAAAGUGUUUUGACCGAUACCCUUUACAGUUAGAGAAUGGUGACACAGUCUACUACCCUAAGAAAGGAAGCACAAAAUAUACUCUUAACUACAGAUUGCCACAAGGUGUAGUAUGUGACCACUGUGUCUUGCAGUGGAGGUAUACAGCUGGAAACAAUUGGGGUACUUGUAAGAACGGCACAGCAGGUCUAGGAUGCGGAAAUCAGGAACAAUUCGGUGCUUGUUCAGAUAUAUCAAUUGGACUAGCAACUGGUAAUAGUAUAGACGAAGAUCUCAGUAAUGGAUACAGCGACAUACCAUCGCCGCUACUAACUUAUUUAAAGCACGGAUACUUCGAUAAUCAACAAGGCUUGUUGCAGUUGCUACGCGAUAGUGUGCUUCGUCAGUGGCCGCAAAAGACGAGACAGAAUAGCAAAUAUACGCGUCGGAAGAAGAGAGGAAAGAAGACAAAGCCAAGAAAACGGAAGAAAACUAACUUUUAUAGGGGAAACCGAAUGUGA